CGAAAUAGAAAAGAAAAAAUGGUUGUAGUUUGAAGAACCGACCUAGCCGUGCGCCUGAGAUGGGUGCGAGCUCUGAAGAUAGUCCAUAUGUUAUGGACUGAUUCCAUUGUUUGAUAUUGCUACCCACCCAUGGAGGAUAGGGGUCCCUUAAAUUCUAAGGGUAGAAGACGCACAAUAUCACCUUCAAAGUCAAACCACCCCCACUAGGUUAGUCCCACAACCUCAAACCAUUUUAAUGCCCCGCUCGGUUACAAGCUCAUGCUACUGAGACCGGCGAUCAGAUGAGUUUAUGCAUUCUAUUAUAGACUAAUCACUAUUCUUAAUACUAGUCGAUGUGGGAUUUCGUUGAUUUCUUAUGUUUUUCUUCUCGUCCCUUGUUUAGUUCAAUUUUAGUUUAAACUUUUUCUGUCCCGCUUUCUACGCCCUCGUCUCUCCUGAGCUAAUUAAUGGGCGGACCGAGAUGGAAAGGAAGGGGAUCGAAAGCGAAAGCGCUAGCCGAACCAAUGUCGAACACAGUUUCAGAGCUUUGUUCUUCUCUUAUUCAGUGUGAUGCUCGUGGGCUACUCUCAGGCUCCAGUGUGCUUCUUGCAGUUGAAUCAGAACAGACCAAGCUUCUUACUCGUGCUUGCUUCGGACGCCCCGUGAUUACAGCUGAUAAGGAUAAGCAAUGGUUUCAGUUGGGUUUAGAGGAAGCGUUUUACUUAUGUUUUAAUCUAAAAUGCAUCAAGAUUGUCGGGGAUAAUAACUGCCAUAAAAACGAUCGAGCGCUAUGGCAGUAUAUGAUAUCCCACAAGGAAAAUUUCCCAGAUUUUUACAAGGCGUAUGCUCAUCUUCGGAUGAAAAAUUGGGUCGUGAGGCCAGGCUCACAAUAUGGUGUAGAUUUUGUUGCAUAUCGUCAUCAUCCGUCGUUGGUUCAUUCCGAAUAUGCUGUGCUUGUUUUGUCGGAAGAUGAUGCGAAUGCAAAUGGGAGGUUACGAGUAUGGUCUGAUUUUUAUUGCACCAUCCGGCUUUGUGGAAGUGUUGCCAAAACAUUGUUAGUUCUUAGCGUCGAUAAAAAUGGUCAUGGUGCUAUCUCUCCGUCAUGCCUGGAAAGUUACUCUGUUGAAGAGCGCACAGUUACGAGAUGGAGUUUAGAGCAAAAUCGGGAGGAUCAACCAAUGAAUGAAAAGAGGGAGCAAGUAAGUUUGUAACUUACUUACGUGAGAUUACUUGAUCUGUUGAUUGAUAUUUGGCAAGUAUUCAUAAUUUAAUUGUCUGAUCUAUGAAGUUCAAUUUACCAGCUUUGCCAAAACAUUUCGAAAACGAGAAAAUACAGUUUCCUCAAGGUUUCCAUGCUUCAUAGAGGCCGCCAUUCUCUAA